CGAAACAAAAGCUUAAUCACCAGUAAUAAGAUCUGAUUAAACUAAUCACCGCAUUUCGAAAAAAAAAAAAAAAAACUAAUCACCGCAUUUUAAUUUUAAUCUGAUAUAAAUAAAUUGAAAAAAAGAUGCAAAGUGUGCGAAACGGUUAUUUCCCUCCAUCGGAAGCAAGAUUGAAAUCAUCAAUGGCGGGUUCAGAGUCAGCACUACCACAAGCAGAAGCAGAAACCGAAAACCAACUCACUUCUCUCAUCUACGAGAUGUCAAACGAAGCUCAAUCUAUAAUGGAGAACAUGCUUAAGAUGAUCGCUGAGAUUAAUCAAAAUUCUGCAGUGAUUGAGGAAGAGAUCGAGAAAUGUAAAGGUUCUGCUAUGGAGAGGAAAACAGCAUUAGAUGAAGAGAAAGAGCAUUGUCAAAAAGCUGCUUAUGCUGUUCUCGACAUGCUAAACAGAAAUUAAAGAGCCUUAGGCAGGUUGCUCGGAAGUGCUUGAAGAUGGUAAACACUUCAUUCUGUAAAGUAAACACGACCUUCCCAAAUGACUUCUGCCUCAGGUUGAUGCAAUAUGUUUUGAAGUUAUGCAGGUCUAUGAGAUACUUUCCGAUCUCCAUAGUUCAGAAAUUAUAAUAAAUACAGCGUUUCUCUAAUUUCAAUUUUAAAUGAAUUACUUUAGUUUCCGUUGUCUAA